AUGAAUCAAACGUAUCUGAUCAGAGCAAUAUUUUCAUAUGGGAAUUAUGACAACAAAAACACAGUUCCAGUCUUCGAUCUCUACUUUGGGGCCAAUUAUUGGAUAACAAUUCGGCUGCCCAAUGCAACUUAUUUCCAAUUCGAAGAAAUCAUACUCCAACAGCUUCCUUCUGAUCACUUGUUUCAGAAGCUUCUCGCUGAAAUUCAGAAGCUUCCUUCUGACCGCAAGAGGAUUAUCAAUGUCACUUUUGAUGAUGAUGACAAUUCAUCACCCGCUCAUUUACUUACUCUUCAAUACUUGAAGCCUGUCACCUUAAGUUCCAACAAGAUAAGUAAAGGUUACGUUAGUUUCACUAUCAUAGCAACAGCUGAUUCAGAUGCUCCUCCAAUCUUGAAUGCCUACGAAAUUUACGAAGCCAUCUCACAACCCAAUUCCCCUCCAGCAACACAAGACGUUGAUGCCUUGUUGGAAAUAAAGCAUACUUAUGGGAUCUCCAGAUUCAGUUGGGAUUUGUCGAACAAUGAAUUGGCUGGACAACUACCAGAGUUUCUCUCAACUCUUCUGAAUUUGAAGUUCAAUAAUUUGGCAGGAAACAAGCUUACUGGUUCAAUUCCCAAUGCUUUGAAGGAAAAUGCUGAAUUGCAGCUAAGUGUGGCCAACAAUCCAGGUCUUUGCCAAAAGAAUUCCUGCCAAAAACACAAUUUUGUAAUUCCACUUAUUGCAUCAGUUGCAGCUUUGGUCAUCCUAAUUGUUAUUGUUGCUCUGGUGAUCUGGAGACUUCGACAUAAAAGAGUCAUCCUAAGGGAAUCUCAGAAAAGGGAAGCUGUAAAACACAAGAAUCAGUCAUUUUCUUACUCGGAGGUUCUCCGUAUCACAAACAAUUUUGAAACUGCUAUUGGAGAAGGAGGGUUUGGGAAAGUUUACCUUGGCACUUUAGAAGAUGAUACAAAGGUUUCUGUUAAGUUACUUUCUCCAUAUUCAAGGCAAGGCUUUAAGGAAUUUCAAUCAGAGGCUCAACUCUUAACAGUCAUUCAUCAUAGAAACCUGGUUUCAUUUGUUGGGUUUUGUGAUGAAAACGACAUCAAAGCGUUGGUUUAUGAAUAUAUGGAUCUUGGAGACCUCAGCGGACUAUUGGCAGGCCAUCCACCGGUAAGAAGAGAACUUGAGGAUAUAUGUUUCAUCAUUGAUUGGAUCUGUCCAAAAAUUGAGUGGGGGGAUAUUCGAGGCAUUGUUGAUCUAAGGUUGGCAGGUGAAUUCAAUGUUAGUUCUGCAUGGAACGCUGUGGAGACGGCAAUGUCAUGCAUUGCGCCACAGUGCGCCAAAAGGCCAGACAUUAGUUAUGUGUUGCAUGAACUAAAGGAAUGUUUAGCUAUGGAGAUUGACUUUCCAAUUCAAAUGGUGAGCCAUGCCAUCCAAUCAAUCAUUCUGGGAAUCUUGAUUCAAUCACUAUCCUCUCAGCUAGUUGAUUAUUGGGUUUCUAUGGCUCUAUAUUUCAUAUUCCCAAUUACUGUUUGGUUUGAUUUCAUGGAUGCAUUGAUAAUUAAUGGUCUGAAAAGAUGGAAAAGGGAACAAGACAUGGGAACAAUGGAAUAA